UCUGCGUCAGCCCCACGUCACUUUGCCGGCAGCUCCCCGGCUUAGGCUGGAGCAGGAGCCGGGGCUGCUUUAUUAUCAGCUGGAGGGAGGAGGAGACGGUGCGUAAAGCGGCAAGCACGGCGCCCCGAGCCCUGCCGCCGCUGCCGCGGGCUGAGCCUCCCUCCCCGCCCGCCCUACCUCUGGCGGGCAGCGGCAGCCCGAGCCCCCGCAGGUAGGAGCGCAGCCUCCGCCACCUGCCCCCGCCGCUCCGCGCGUUUUGCAGCAUCAUCGGGAGCCGCCGCGGGGGCAGGCGGCGCCGCUGUCCGCCCGCCCGCGGGGCCAGGGGCAGGUGCCGCGCCGUGCCGGCGGCCCCGCUCGCCCCUCUCCGCCCCAGCGCUCGGCUCCUGCUCCUGCUCCCGCCGCCCCGCGGAGCCCCGGGCGGGCAGCGCCGCGGGUCGGCUGCGGCUGCGGCGCGGCGCGCCCAUGUGAGUCCCGGCUGCGGGGUGCCCGCCCGCGGCGCGGAAGGCUGCUCACCCUCCGGGCGUGCGCCCCGGCAGCGGCGGCGGGAGUAGCAGGAGGCCGUCGGAGCAGCUCUGGAGUAAGCGCGGGCGGCAUGGUGUCCUGGCGGCGGAGGCCGGGGCCCGGCCUGGCGCGGCUGUGGGGCUUGUGCUGCCUGGUGCUGGGCUGCUGGCGGGGCGCGCUGGGCUGCCCCGAGUCCUGCCGCUGCAGCUCCUGGCGGAUUUGGUGCGCGGAGCCGGCGCCGGGCAUCGCCUCCUUCCCCGUGCCGCAGUGGAGCACCGAGGACGACAAUGUCACCGAGAUUUACAUCGCAAACCAGCGAAAAUUAGAAAGUAUCAAUGACAAUGAAGUUGGAUUUUAUGUUGGACUUAGAAAUCUGACUGUGGUGGAUUCAGGCUUAAGAUUUGUGUCCCAUCAGGCAUUUGAGAAAAAUGUCAACCUACAGUACAUCAAUUUAUCCAGAAACAAGCUCUCAAGUUUGUCCAAGAAGCCUUUUAGCCAUCUGGGUUUGUCUGAUCUGAUAUUGGGGGACAAUCCAUUUAAGUGUUCCUGUGAAAUUAUGUGGAUCAAGAAAUUUCAAGAGACCAAGUUUUACACAGAAACUCAGGAUUUAUAUUGCAUAGAUGACAACAACAAGAGGACAGCCUUGCUGGAUAUGAAGAUCCCAAACUGCGACUUGCCCUCAGCGAACUUAAGCAAUUACAACAUCACCGUGGUGGAAGGAAAGAGUGUUACAUUGUACUGUGAUACCACUGGCGGGCCACCCCCUAAUGUGUCCUGGGUGCUCACUAAUCUUGUUUCAAACCAUGAGAGUGACACAAGUAAGAACCCUGCCUCGCUCACCAUAAAGAACGUUUCAUCCAUGGACAGUGGACUGUGGAUUUCCUGCGUAGCAGAGAACAUUGUGGGAGAGGACCAAGCCUCUGCCGAGCUCACGGUAUUAUUUGCACCAAAUAUCACAUUUAUUGAAUCUCCAACCCCGGACCACCACUGGUGUAUUCCAUUCACUGUGAAAGGGAACCCUAAGCCCACAUUGCAGUGGUUCUAUGAAGGCGCUAUACUGAAUGAGUCCGAAUACAUCUGUACUAAAAUACAUGUUAUCAAUCAAAGUGAAUACCAUGGCUGCCUUCAGCUGGACAAUCCUACCCACCUGAAUAAUGGUGCUUAUACCUUACUGGCAAAGAACGAGUAUGGAGAGGAUGAAAAAAGGGUUGAUGCUCAUUUUAUGUCAGUGCCUGGAGAUGGUAGUGGCCCAAUUGUGGAUCCAGACGUUUAUGAGUAUGAAACCACACCUAAUGAUCUUGGAGACACCACAAAUAACAGUAAUCAAAUCACUUCUACGGAUGUUUCCAACAAGGAGAAUGAAGAUAGCAUCACUGUGUAUGUUGUGGUGGGAAUUGCAGCACUGGUGUGCACUGGUUUAGUCAUAAUGCUCGUUAUUCUGAAGUUUGGAAGACACUCUAAGUUUGGGAUGAAAGGUCCUUCUUCAGUUAUCAGCAAUGACGAUGAUUCAGCCAGUCCCCUCCACCACAUCUCAAAUGGCAGUAACACUCCGUCUUCUUCUGAGGGGGGUCCUGACACAGUCAUCAUUGGGAUGACGAAGAUUCCUGUCAUUGAAAAUCCCCAGUAUUUCGGAAUUACUAACAAUCAGCUCAAGACAGACACCUUUGUGCAGCACAUCAAGCGCCACAAUAUUGUUCUUAAAAGAGAACUGGGAGAAGGAGCCUUUGGGAAAGUCUUUCUUGCAGAAUGCUAUAACCUCUCUCCUGAGCAGGACAAGAUCCUGGUGGCAGUGAAGACACUGAAGGAUGCCAGUGACAACGCUCGCAAGGACUUCCACCGCGAGGCAGAGCUGCUGACCAACCUGCAACACGAGCACAUCGUCAAGUUCUACGGUGUCUGUGUUGAGGGUGAUCCACUCAUCAUGGUCUUUGAGUAUAUGAAGCACGGAGAUCUUAACAAAUUCCUCAGGUCACAUGGACCAGAUGCAGUACUGAUGGCAGAAGCCAACCGUCCUGCUGAGCUGACCCAAUCCCAGAUGCUUUACAUUGCCCAGCAGAUUGCAUCUGGUAUGGUUUACCUGGCGUCACAGCACUUCGUGCAUCGGGAUCUUGCUACCCGGAAUUGCCUGGUUGGUGAGAACCUACUGGUGAAGAUUGGGGAUUUUGGGAUGUCUAGAGAUGUGUACAGCACGGACUACUAUAGGGUUGGGGGUCACACCAUGCUGCCCAUUCGUUGGAUGCCUCCAGAGAGUAUCAUGUACAGGAAGUUCACCACAGAAAGCGAUGUCUGGAGCCUGGGGGUUGUAUUGUGGGAAAUCUUUACCUAUGGCAAACAGCCAUGGUAUCAGCUCUCAAACAAUGAGGUGAUUGAGUGCAUCACUCAGGGCCGAGUCCUGCAGCGACCUCGCACAUGCCCCAAGGAAGUGUAUGACUUGAUGCUGGGCUGUUGGCAACGGGAGCCUCACAUGAGGCUCAACAUCAAAGAUAUCUAUUCCCUCCUCCAGAACUUGGCCAAGGCAUCUCCAGUCUACUUGGAUAUUUUAGGCUAAAGUCUCCUAGCAUUUCUUCUUAUGGGCUGUGGGAAUGAAUGUGUUCAACUGCCGCUGAACUCCAUUAAAAUGUAUUCUUAACUUUGACAGUAUUAAUGACAGAGUUGCGGAGAAGCUUUCAAAGGGCAAGCAAUGUGCACUUCUCCAUCUGUAGACACAGUAUUGACUUUUUAGACAUUACUGAGACGUAUCUUCUCUCUCUCUCUCUUUCAGUUUCUAUCAUUUUUUUCUUCUCUCCUGUCUUUCUAAUCAAUUUGGCUUCUGCAUCAUUGUAACUCUGCAUAGACAAAGGCCUUAAAAAUCUGAUGUGUUAUAUCAGCAGACUCUUCAGUUUGCCCACCACAACUAACAAUGCCUUGUUGUAUUCAUGCCUUUGAUGUGGAUGAAAAAAAGGGAAAAAUAUAUUUGACUCGAACUUUGUGAUUUCACUGUACAGCUACGGGGAGUUUCUAUGGAUUCACCUCAAUUUUUUUGCUUCGGCAUGUGGGUGGAAAAAGAAGACUGGUGUUCUCUAUAUGAAGCAUAUUCCUUGUGGAGAUAAAGCCAGAUGGAAAGAAGACAGUCUUGUGUGAUACACUAUCUGGAGGAACUAGGGGAUCAGAUGGCAUCCAACCCCACAAAAGAAAAAAAAAAACUGAAAUGAUUUGAUGGAAGGCAAGAGGGAGUAUAGCACUUUCCCUGAAGAGUCUUUCUGAGGACUAAAGGGAUUGUUCAAGGAGGUGCUUUGCCAGCACCUUUCAUUGCCAGAUACAAGUAAAAGGGAAGAAGAUGCUGCCUGCACUGCACACAAUUACGUUACAGUAUGAUAAACUAAACACAUGCCCUUAUUUUGUCUUCUGGAAGGAUGUUGUCAUGCCACUGGUAUAAAAAUGUUCUCCAGCUAGUCUUUUUAUUAAAGGCUGAAGCUAGGCUUAUUAAUGUACAGUAUUAAUUUCAGGAUCACAUGUUGAAUCUAAGGAUUUUGAUAAGAUAGGACAAGCUAUAGAUGCUGGGGCAGGUGUAUCCUAUACUGUGCUUGUCCAGCAGCGUAUUCCUUCCUUCCUCAAUCCUUUUUCUUUUUUUUUAACCGUGCAAGCAAAACUGUGCAUGGUCUUUGUCGGUUAAUGCCCUUUGUGCAGAAACUAUCACUCAUCUUGUAGUACACCGUAGUAGGCAUAGCGAACUCAUAACAAUGUAACUUAUAUUUCAUUAGAAGGGGCUAAUGGCGGACAUUAGCCAUGUUAAAAUGUCUUUACAAUGUUAUACAAUAGGCUGACAUAACAUGAAUAAUCUAAAGCACGGAGAUCACUGGUUAUGUUUGAGCCAUGGCAGGGGAUAGAGAUCUCUAGAGAAAAUUAAUUACUCUGAGGUUAUGGCUUAGUAUUCAGAGUACAAAAAGCCUGAGCUCAGCACCAUGUUUGGUGCUAGUGCUGUCAUUACUAACAUCCACACUUUCUUAAAUAAUUUAUUUUUAGUUGGAUAGGCAUUGUAUGUGUACUACAUCUGCAUGGCCACUGUGUUGAUGACAGCUGCAUGAGGAUACCUGUUAUUUUUCAAACCAGAAGUGACGAUUUCAAAUUUAGAGUUAGGUUUAUUUUUAAUAUGAAUUCUUACAAAUGAAAACCUACCUUACUUGUUCCUCAAGACUUUUGCCUCCCUCUGUGAGGGGGCGUUACUGCAAAAAAGUGAUUUUUCUUUCCAUUUUCUCUUUUUGUUAUUUCUUAUUGAUAUGAGCCAGAUCAAAAUAGGCCUUCAUCUUUGUGUUGGGGAUAUUUUAUUUAAUAAAUUAAGCAUUUUAUUUUUGUAAGUGUUCCCAUAGCACAUUUAAUAUAUAAUUUGCUCGCAUAUAUUAUUUAUUGAGGCACUUUAGGUUUUUCCUUCAGAAGCUUUUAGAGCUAGCUCAUAAAGAUUCUGAACAUUUUCAAAAGAAAACAGUUCACUGGACAGUGAUGAAAUUUUACCCUUCUCAAUGUCAUUGAAAAGGCAGCAUUACAAAUAAACAUGACAGUGUAACUAUAAAGCCAUACUCAGUAUUUCUUUAAUAAACUAGAUGUUAUUUCUUAACCACUACUGAACUGGAAACACACAAAAAGCCAGAGGAAGAUUCCUACAAAAUGGGCCUUAAGAUUUUAUCUAGACUGUCUUGGAGGUUCACACAGAAAGCUAGAUAAAGACUAAGCAUCCGGUGAAACCCAUUCUCUUGAGAAUCUGAAUGUUGUGUUUUAAAGGAAAUUGAAAUUGAUUUUCAAAAUAACAGUGGUGGGAAAGAAAGGCGUCAGAGUCCUCUCUUACUGUGCAGUGGGAGGAGGCUGCAUGUGGUGGAGGGGGUGCUAAGUUUCUACCUGCUGUAUUCUGUCUUAGUUUCUUAUGAGCUGAAGAAAAAGGCAUCUGAGAUGCUUCUUCUAUUGGAAAGCAGGCUCCAGCCUGAAAGCAAAAAGGUGGGUUUUGCAAGCACUGAAAGAAUGUAUACCAAAAAGAACCACAAAACCCUGAAAAUGUACUUAGUGGCAUCUUCUUUUUGAUUUACUCGUGAGACUAUUAGAGUCAUUUCAGAGAAUAAAUAGUGUUACAAUGCAUUGUGCAAUAACAUAGCAGUAUGUUAAACUUCUAAAGGACCAAAUGUUCUACAGAGCCACUGAUAUGGAUAACCUUGACCUAUAUCAUUAAUGUUCUUGAUAGUGCAUAAAAUGUAUAAUCACAGUAGACAAGCUAUAACCUGUAGCUAUACAUAGUUUGUGUUUGUUCAUGAAAAGGUGGGUAAGAGUAGCAGAAUGAGCAGAGAAGAGGAAGAAAUGUGUUCAAAUUACAAUGAAGGGUGAGUAUAUGUGCAUAUUCAUCAUGCUUGCACUGUCAGCUAAAUGGUGUACACUGAGUAAAUAUGACAAUCAGGCUCAUUUAAAAAGUCGUUCUGGACUGUGCUAUGAACUGAUCAUAUAUAUAAUAUAUAUUAUAUAUGUGUGUUUGCAUAUGGCAUAUAUAUAUACACACACAUAGCAUAUACAUGUAUGCCUAUGUCUGUUGUAUUUUAUUUAUAUAUGUGCAGACAUGCAUGCACAUUAUGUAUGGGCUGUGUGUAUAUGUAUAAAUUUACAUACACCUACGUUAUUACAAAUGAUGAUUAGAGUGCUAUUAAUAAAUUGAUAAAGUCUGCUGAGUAACCAAAAUUUUUUUUUCUUUUGAUAUUUCUUUUUCUAUGUUUGUAAGAUUCAACUUUUUAACUGGUGUGCAGCAGAGGCAGUGCUAGAAUGCCAGAGAUAUAACAACAAGCACUAUUUUCCCCCAGAUGAUUGCAUAAAAACAUUUCUUCCAUUCCCAUCUCACUUGUUGAUUUCUCACAAUGAAAUGAACAGACAAGCUUCCAAGCUCAGAAAACAGUUUGUUUUACUGUCAUUUCUGGGUUUGUGCUAUUGUUUUAUUGUCCUAGAAUAACAGUGCAGCUCCAUUCGCAUUUUAUACUCGUCUGCAGUAACAAAAUAAUUCCAGGAAGGAGCUGGACUAUUCAGACUGCAACACAACUUGUCGGACAAUGCAAACGUCAAAAUUCAGCAGUAAUAACAGCAGCACUCGCCACACUAGGUCCUUCACUCUCAAUAGAUCUGCAGAACUUGGAGCUGGCCGUGGAGAACAGAUACUUGUAAAGCAACAGCACCCCAUGAUGCAUGAUGGACUGUGCCCUUUUUAGAAGGACUUCAUUCAUUUUGAUUUGUAACACAAUAUAUAUUGUCUACAGUUUAAUAAGUAACUGCCUAUUUUUCUCUUUUUCUUUCUUUUUCAUCCUUUCUUGCUAUUUCUUUGUCACUUUCCUUCUUUCUCUUUUCCUUUCUUUCCUUUUCUCCUUUCCUUCUACUUUCCUCUUCCUUUUUCUCUUUCCCUCUCUUUCUCUCUCUGUACCCCUUUCCCCACCUGUGUGAGAGAUUGUUUUUGUUGUGGUUGAUGUAGACUUUUAUGAAAAAACACUUUAAAAAGAAAUUAAAUAACCCAAUAAAAUGAUUAGGUCACUGGAUGACUAAGGUACAGUGCACAUGUGUUAGAACAAGUCUGUGUCUGGGUUGUUGCAGCCUGUAACUGAAUUUCAAAUACUGCUGUAAAAUGUGAGAGAGGGGGGUGGGGAGGGGCUGGGGAACAGAUCGGGGUUUCUAAUCAAAGAUGAAGGUUUUGAUAGCACAGGAAGUUGUAUUUUCUUGUUGUGGUGGCUGGGAUGAACCACUGCUGCUUUGAAUCAAGAAGUCCUUUACAGCCUUAGUUAAAAUACCUGUAUUUGGGUGGGGGGAUAGGCUACAUUAAUCACAAAUAUGAAGCAAAAAAAAAAAAAAAGUCUACAUGUUGCAGGGAAAACACUGUGAAUUUCACAAUAGCAACCAAGUGACUAUUUUGCCAUCUUUUAAACAUAUGUCUCAGGAGAAGAAAUGGGAGACGAUGGGUGUGUUAUUUUACUGUCUAUGCAUUUUAGACCAGGUCUGUGGGGGGUUUUUUUGUUUGCUUGUAGAAGGUUCUGAGUGAUUUUAUAAACACUGAAUACUUUGGGCAAGGAUAAUAGAAGCUGCUAGUAGUGAGGCCGUUUGAUUGGAAUAUGUGAGAAAACAAAGGUCAAAUCAAAUCUUUCCGGAGGCCUAUAUCUUGCAGCUUAUAUGUAUCUUUCUGUAACUUAAAGAAAAGCAGCUAAGAAUGUUUUAUAUACAGUAAUUUAAUUCAACAUUGAUGUUUGAUUGCAUCACCAAUAGAGAGAGAAUCAAUUAAUUAUGAAAUAUUUGUCCCGGCCCUGCUCUCCACCUAUAUUUUAUGUAUGUAUAUAUUUCUAGAUAUCCCUCUCUUUGUCAGUUAAGAUAAAGAGGAAGAUAUCUACAUAUAAAUAUAAAUCUCUAUAUUGUCACCAAACUGUGACCUGGUGUGUAGAGCUAUCUUUCUCCUUUCUUUUUUCUUUUUCUUUUUUUUUUUUUUAAUGUGAUGUCUCCGUGGAAAUAUUUAGUGGUUCUUGUUUUGCAGUUUGUUAUAACAAGUCAUUGCUUUAAAACUUUCAUUGCAUCUUGGCUGAUUUCAAAGUGACGCCUAGGUAUCAGUGUUAAAGUUUUGUUUGUGAAUCAUGUGACCAGCUUCUCUCAACAUGACAUGGAAAGUCUCUUGUAUUACAGUGUAUUUAAUAAAAAUGAUGUCUUACAAUAAACAAUGUCAUCCAUAAGAAAGAUAAAAUGAUUACUUUAAA